AUGUUUCGGGCCCAGCAGAACACCUUUGACGAUGCCGUUGCUAAGGCAACGGACGAGAACUUGACUUCCGAGAACUGGGAGUACAUACUAGAUGUUUGCGAUCGAGUGUCAUCGAACGAGAGCAUUGCCAAAGAUGUUGUGGCUGCCAUGAUCAAGAGGCUGGCGCACCGGAACGCCAACGUCCAGCUAUACACCCUCGAGCUCGCCAAUGCGCUAUCUCAGAAUUGCGGCAUCUCCAUACAUAGGGAACUGGCGUCCAAAAGUUUCACUGACCAGCUGCUGAGGCUGGCCAACGAUAGGAACACACACCAACAAGUCAAGUCGAAGAUCUUGGAAAGAAUGGAGAGUUGGACGAAGGACUUCUCGAGCAACACUGAGCUUGGAAUAAUGGAACAGGCUUAUAUGAAAAUGAAGGCGCAAAACCCAAAUCUACAGCCUCCUCAGGCGCCGGUGAAAAAACAGAUCACCGAAUAUGACCGGCAGAAGGAGGAGGAAGAAUUACAACUGGCCCUUCGGCUUUCUGUUCAAGAUAAGUCCACUGGACCUUCAAGCCAGCCAUCCGGCCCGGCGGCUGAACUCGCAGCCCAACCGUCAUCAUCAUCGCAAUCGGCUCCCCAUCCCCCAGUUCCGUCGGGCACGACCGCUGCAACAGUCUCAAGAGUACGAGCGUUAUUCGAUUUUCAGCCUUCCGAGCCCGGCGAAUUACAAUUCCGCAAAGGGGAUGUCAUUGCGGUGUUGGAAUCUGUCUAUAAAGACUGGUGGAAAGGCUCGCUCCGCGGACAGACUGGCAUUUUCCCACUCAACUACGUCGAAAAGCUCCAAGAUCCGACCACGGAAGAGUUGCAGAAGGAGGCACAAAUGGAAGCAGAAGUCUUUGGACAGAUCAAGAACGUCGAGAAGUUGCUGGCCUUGUUAAGCACCAGUAGCGCCGACAUGAGUGUCAGAGACAAUGAGGAGAUUACUGAGCUCUAUCAGAGCACAUUGUCGAUUAGACCGAAACUUAUCGAGUUGAUCGGGAAAUACACGCAAAAGAAAGAUGAUUUCCAGCAGUUAAAUGAGAAAUUCAUAAAAGCACGGCGAGAUUACGAAGCGCUUUUGGAAACAUCAAUGGCACAGUCAGCGCAGUAUGGCCGCCCGGCUCCUCAAGCAUAUGGAUACGGAGGUGGUCUGCCACAAGGCUAUCCGCCCCAAAGAUACUAUACUCCUGAUGGGUUACCUCCCAACAAUGCGGUACCUUAUCCGCAGCCUCAGCAAUCGUUCCAACCUCCUUAUCCUGUAGCAUCGCCUCCUCCUCAAAGCCAUACUCCGUCCAACCAGCAUCCAUCACAACCACCACCGGAGACGUAUCCCUCGUACCCGAUUCCAUCACAGGUGUCGGGACGUCGACAAUCACAGUCUGACAGUUACGCCGCAUAUCCUCCCCCGGAAAUGAACCCGUCGUACAACCACCCUCCGCCAUCCGACACACCUGCCUCUCGGCCGGGGCGCCAGUCUUACCCUGGCCUUCAACCGCCAAACGUUGCGCAGCUUCAGCAUCAGGAUGACACCAAAGACUACUCGCCCUCAAACUACUCAAGCGAAGAUCUUCACUCCACAAACAUUCCCUCGCAACCUCCCCAACAACAAACGCUGCCUUCGCAGAGUUAUGCACCGAUCCCCCAAGUGCAGCAGCAAAGUCUCAACCCAGUCUAUCCGCCCUCUACAGCUCCUCCACAGACGUACGACUACCAAGUACCGCAACCUCCUGCACCAAGUCACGGGCCUCCUCCCAUUCCAGGGGUUGGAUCCAAUCCGACAGAGCGGCCGUCAACACCUCUAGCACAGUCGUCGGGAUAUCCAGCCUUUUCGCCUACCCAAUCCAGCACUGCACACCCACAAUAUCAGGCAUACAACCAGCGGCCGACGAGUGUGGUAGGACCGGCGCCAAGUGUGGGAGGAGGAGGAGGAGGCGGUAUGAACAGUUACUACAGAUAA